AUGGCCACCAGCAGGAAGGAUGUGCUGACUGCUGUGCCCUCCCUCCAAGUACACGACGAGACUGCCGAUGUGUUCCGGGCCUUUCUGCGGAACCGCCUGCUCCACAUUCCAGGCCGUGCAGCUGCAGAGGCUUUGGCCAUUUCCCGGCCACCUCGCGGCCAAAAGUGGUACGGCAGCUUCGUGGUAGACGGGGAGGCAGCGGACGACCUCGUUGCCACAUUGGCCAGAUGCGGUGUGGAAACGAACCCGAUCGACGAGUGCAGAGCUACCGGAACUGCCUGGUGCUUCUUUGGGGCAAAUGCCACUUCCAGCAGCAUGCAAGGUAAGCCAGAGCACGUGGACCAGCUUGCACCUGGAACCAUCACUGUACACACGCAGCUUUGUGGAAGAAAAGUGUGGAAGCUCCGGCCGCAUCCACUUUGCCCAAAUUGGUCUGACGGAGCUCCGCUUUUGUCUGCCACUUGGUAUGGCGGACGAUUGGAGCUUGUUUGCGAGGAGGGCGACCUCCUCUUCGUAGAUACGGCGGCCUGGUAUCACACCACCGAAAUCCCGCCGUUUACAGACUUUACCUUCUCCUUGGCCCAGGACUUUUUCGAACGUCUUCCAGCCACUGGCGAGAAGCUGGAAGCAGUACAGCCCUUCGGUCCCGGCAGACCGAUCAGGGUUCUGGGACUCUGGAGCUUCCCCAAGGCUGACUCGCAAAAACACAACCCAGAUUGCACACAGGGUUUCGGGCUUUCGGCAUCCCUCACAGCUGCUGCCCUUCUCAUCUACCGAUGCGGAUCUCAACGAUCAGACACCCCAAAUAGAAACUAUCCGCACAAAGCUCUACACACAAGGCCGAAGACAAGGAUUUAUAUCCUAUCUGGGCGAAAGUCUGUCCAGUGCCUAGACAAGGUACCGGGUGGUGCAUCAACUUUGCCAGGACUGCAUGACCCCCACGACGCCACCUCCUGGUGCUCCACCCGGCACUUGUGGCUGCCAGUGCUGCAGCCAAAGGCGGCUGGAAGCUUCGAUGUUCCGCAGCUGCCGCCGAAGCGCGAUGCUCACACAGCGGCUCCUUCGCCGACUCCGCUUCGCUGCAACCGAGUCAAGCAGCUCAUCGGCACAGGCUCCUAUGGAAGUGUUUGCGAGGCCUUUGACACCAACAAGAAGCGGCUCGUGGCAAUCAAAAGGAUUGCGCACAUGUUCGAGGACCUCAUCGACUGUAAGCGAAUUCUGCGUGAGAUCGCGAUUCUCUCCAAGCUGGAGCACGAGAACAUUGUGCAGAUCUAUGAUAUCGUCGCUCCCAGCAACAUUCACACGUUCGACGAGCUUUACAUGGUAAUGGAGAUCUGCGAUUCUGACUUGAAGAAGCUGUGCCGCACGGAUGUGACUCUGACCCCGCUCCACAUCAAUACGCUGUUGUACAACCUACUCGUGGGGCUGAAAUACCUGCAUUCCGCCGGCAUCUACCACCGAGAUUUGAAGCCGGCCAACUGCCUCGUCAACCAGGACUGCUCCGUGAAGAUCUGCGACUUUGGCCUCAGCCGCGCCAUCGAAGCAGCAGAGCAGCCGCAUUUGCAUGCGCCCGGGGACCCGCCACGGGGUGAGGGAGACCAUGACGCCGUGCCAGGGGUCCCGCACACACAGCGCCUCAAGAGGAACCUGACUGGACACGUGGUGACCAGGUGGUACCGAGCCCCAGAACUCAUCUUGCUGCAGGAGAACUACACCGAGGCGAUUGACAUUUGGUCAGUGGGCUGCAUUUACGCGGAGCUUCUCGGAAUGCUCGAGGGCACGAGGACCCAGGAUCGAGGGCCUUUGUUCCCGGGCUCGUCGUGCUUCCCAUUGUCGCCCGAUCACAAACACAAGACGGACUACAAGUAUCACACGCGAGGGAAGCACGACCAGCUGAACAUGAUUUUCAACCUCCUGGGCUCCUUGGCUUGGGGGAGAAGAGUCUGGGGGUUCCGGGCUGUCCGCCAGCAUAAACGGAAUGCUUCUGCGGAGCCCGCUGGACGAAGACAAAAGCCUGGGUGUUGGAAACCUAUGGAAAGCUGGUUUAAAACUGGCAAGGAUUUCUUGAAAAGGAUUUUAGACAGCAUGUUAGCUAUGAGCGAAAAAUUACCCGAUCCCAGCACUGGCCCUUGA